AUGUUUGCCAUUGUGAUAGAUGUAAAGGUUAUACUCAGCUUAGAAAACCAGUCAAAAGAGCCUCGUCUCACUCUCAUUCCCACGCUAAGUAAUGAUGCGCAGACGUGCUCUGGGAAACUAAGACGUGUGACCAAACCAAGAAAACUUUUUAAAGGUGGCCAGAUCGGCCUUGUUCUCACAGAUCGACCCAGAAAAGCUAUUCCACCGGCAUGCAAGGAGUUUUUCCACGAAGUAGAGCUCGGCGUUGUCAUAGCAACUAAAGCCAAGGACGUGUCUGAAGACCGUGCUCUCGAUUAUGUAGCCGGAUAUGCCCUAUGUUUAGAUAUGACGGCAUGGGAUUUCCAGUGUGCAGCCAAAGCCGAUGGUCAGCCUUGGUCUUUGGCUAAAGGUUUUGAUACAGCUUGUCCGGUCAGCAAAUUUAUACCAAAAGAAAAUAUCCCCGAUACAAAUAAUGCCCAAUUGUGGCUGAAGGUAAAUGGGUCCACAAAACAAGACAGUUCUACAUCUGAUAUGAUAUUUACUGUACCACAGGUUAUAUGUUAUCUAAGUAAGUAUUUCACACUGGAACAAGGCGACAUCAUCCUGACAGGAUCACCAGCCGGGGCUGGACCUGUGACAAGUGGCGAAGUUAUUGAAGCAGGAUUGGAAGCGGAGGGGAAAAGUUUGAUUACCAUGAAGUUCCUUGUGCAAUAAGCAAUAGGCUAGAACUUAACUACAUUUGAGCAAAAGUAAUGAUAUGACAAAAACGUUUGAUGGUACACAAUUAUCAGAUUUUAAACACAUUUAAAUUUCACUUACGAAUUAUGGAGAUAAUUUUCAUUUAUUGGUAUGGGUAAUUCCCAUUAUGCCGCUGAGUGGCUCAAAAGGAUUUGCUUAUUUUGUUAUGUAGUUUUCAAAAAUGUUACUCAUUGACCUGAACUAUCAUUUGCUUCUGUUUCAUUUUAGGAAUUUAUUCAGUUAUAGGGUCUAAGAGAUAUGGUAAUUUGUAUGGUAGUCUAAAUACAAUGCACUACCUCAUUUACAUUUUACUACUUUUAUGACAAUAUGUUUUCACAUUCAGCGCUAUUUUCUUAAGGUUAAUGAAAUAAAUUUCGUCUUGAUUUUCAAAGAAUAUUACCAUUUAUUUUAUUUGAAAUAAAAAGUUCAGAAACUUAAAUAUUG